AUGGCGAGCCUUAAAACAAUGAAAAAAGUCCAACAGUUAGCAGGGAGAGUGGCUGCUCUAUCACGAUUCUUGCCAGCGGUAUCAAGCCGAUCGUAUCAUUUCUUCCAGACAAUAACAAAGAAUAAGAAAUUCGAAUGGACAACAAAAUGCGAGACAGCAUUCACCGAGCUCAAAGCCAUUUUAUCAUCACCACCAGUGUUACAAAGACCAGAAGUCGCUAAACCUUUAUACUUAUAUUUAUCUACUUCCAAUUAUUCUAUAAGCUCGGCUCUCGUCAUUGAGACAGGAAAAAUACAAAAGCCAGUAUAUUUCGUCAGCAGAGUCAUGCAACCAGCAGAGCAAAUGUAUCCAAGAAUAGAGCAGCUAGCCUUAACACUGGUGACAAUAGCAAGAAGACUCAGGCACUACUUUCAAAUCCACCUAAUAAUCGUAAGGACGAACCAACCAUUAAGGCAAAUACUGACAAAACCAAAACUGGCCGGACGACUGACCAAAUGGUCUAUAGAGCUCUCUGAGUUUGAUAUUCAGUUCCAAUCAAGGCCGACUUUGAAAGCACAAAUCCUCGCAGACUUCAUUUCCAAACUAACGCCAGAUGAGAACCACUACAACAAAGCUUGGAAAUUACAUAUUGACGGGGCAUCGAGCCGAGAAGAAAGCGGGGCUGGAAUAGUCCUGAAAGAAGGAGACAAGGUGAUAGCUGAGCAAUCCCUCCAAUUCCAAUUCUCGGCAAGCAACAAUCAGGCCGAGUACAAGGCGUUCAUAGCAGGACUCAAGCUCGCCCUCAAUCUCCAAGUGUAUAGCCUGACAACACAUUGUGAUUCCCUCUUGGUGGUUCAACAAAUCCAAGGAGAAUUUCAGGUAAAAGAUCCCUUGCUGGAGCGGUAUUGGCUCAUAGCAAAGGAUCUCAUUUCAAAAUUCAGUUCGUUCAUCAUAUUACAUGUGCAUAGAGAAAAGAACAUUAGAGCAGACAUAUUAUCUAAACAUGCAUCCACUAGGGCGGACACACAAACAUCGACAUUAUCACAACUCAUAGUUAAAAAACCUAGCAUUGAACUAUUAUCUAUAAGAAGCAUUAACCACCUCCACGACUGGAGAACACCUUUCCUUGAGUACAUCAAUACAGGUAUCAUACCCAGAGAUGAACUUAACCCGCAAAACUUCAGACGAAAAGCAAGUCUCUACACAAACAUAGCAGGACAACUAUACAAGCGCAGUUUCUCACAACCACUACUAAAAUGCCUAAACAAAGAUGAAGCAAAAGAGGUAAUGGACGAAGUUCAUGAGGGCGUAUGCGGAAACCACAUCAGAGGAUGA